AUGGAGAAAAAGGCGUCUCACAGGGCCCCGACGGUGCCGACUGCUGAGCAGAUCUUGGAGAAAUCGACCAGCGGGGCCACGUUCCUGAUGAUUGGCCAAUUGUUCACCAAGAUGAUCAGUUUCGUGCUCAACAGUGUGCUUGUGCGGUUCCUGUCGCCGAGGAUUUUCGGAAUCACAGCUUUCCUGGAGUUCAUUGUGGGUACAGUGCUGUUCUUCAGCAGGGAAGCGAUAAGGCUCUCUACGCUGAGAAUUAGGGACCGUGACGAUGAGGACGACGGCGUGGGUGACAGCUCGAAGGGCAGAUCCCGCGUAUACCAAACUGCUGUGAACUUUGGUCAUAUACCUUUGUGGAUUGGAUUCCCACUGUCGAUCGUGCUGAUCGCGUGGCAAUAUCGGAACAUCAAUGAGUACUUCACCAAUCUGCCUUACUUCACGCUUUCGAUCUUCCUUAUAUGGAUGAGCAUCGUCUUUGAGUUGCUGAGCGAGCCGCUGUUCAUCGUGAACCAGUUCAUGCUGAAUUAUGCGACGAGAUCACAGUUCGAGAGUGCCGCAGUGACUAUCGGUUGUUUCGUCAACUGUGGUGUCAUUUUGUCGUUUGAGAAACUGACGUCUUCUUCAGUCAGGACCGAGGCCUCUAGAGAGGGGACAGCUAUUCUCGCCUUUGCCCUCGGUAAGCUAGCACAUUCGAUGGCGCUUUUGGCCUGCUACUACUUGCAUUAUCUACGCAAUUUUAAGCCCAAGAACCUCUUCAGACUUCGAUUAACCAGGAUAUAUGCCGCAAACGCAAGGAAAGGAUAUUUCUUUCAGCACGACAUCUCAGAGCAUUUCAAAAAGGUUUACUUCCAGUUGUGUUUCAAACACUUACUCACCGAGGGCGACAAACUGAUCAUAAAUUCACUCUGCACAGUCGAGGAGCAAGGUAUCUAUUCGCUGCUUUCCAAUUAUGGGUCCCUCAUCACCAGACUAGUGUUCUCUCAAAUUGAAGAAUCUUUGAGGUUGCUCUUAGCUCGAUUGUUAGCCAAUGAGAGAGCCAAAAACUUGAAGCUUUCCAUGGAUGUUUUGCUUAAUAUAACGAGGUUUUACGCUUAUUUGUCGUUGUUGAUUCUCAUCUUUGGCCCAGUGAACUCACCGUUCCUGCUGCAGUUUCUGAUCGGAUCAAAGUGGUCCACAACUUCAGUGUUAGACACGAUCCGCAUCUACUGUUUUUACCUGCCAUUCUUAGCCAUGAACGGAGUCUUCGAAGCAUUCUUUCAAAGUACUGCCACUGGUGAUCAAAUUUUGAAGCACUCAUACUUCAUGAUGGUGUUCUCAGGCGUUUUCCUGGUGAACUGCUGGUUGCUCAUCGAAUAUUUCGGCCUUUCAAUUAACGGUUUGAUUAUCAGCAACAUUAUAAACAUGGCUCUUCGUCUCGGCUACUGUACCCAUUUCGUUAAUAUGUUCUACAAGAACUUGUCCACAGAAUCAUCGAGAUCAUUCUACAGUCUCCGCAAUGUUAAAGGAAUUACGCUCUUGAGCAUUGCAGUAUGGAUCGUCGACUGGUGGGUGAUCGGUUCUGUGAGAAAUUUCCACCAACUCUUCCUGAACGUUGCCUUGGCUUUACUCCUACUUUCAGUUAUUUUAUUCAUGGAAAGAGAGUCCCUGAGGACACUGAUUGGUAAGAGUAGAAUCUCCAGCUCGAAAAAUGUAUAG